AUGAGCCAGCAUUCCAGGGCACAAUCCCGACCUGUGGCCGUGAUCCAGCCCCAACGCCCUUCAAGUGCCAACAUCAAGGACUUGCAACGUGUUCAAAAUACCAAUUUUCACUACUUUUUCCCUCGUUUUCGAAUCAAUUCUAUCGUCGAGGAAAGGACAAAAAACCUCAGCCAAGACUUGGAAACGACGAAGAAGAAACUUGAGUACUUGGAGAAAGAGCUUGCUUGUUCAACACAAGAGCUUUCUUUUUACAGAAACAACUUUGGCAGCGGAAAAUCAAGGAGCUCCUUCCCAACUUCUCUCUUGUCGAAGCUCUCUGAAUCGAAAGAAGACAUGUUCUUCAAAAGACAAAACCAUCAGUCAACGAUGUCGAUGCCCUCUCACUACGAAGCGACGGGGCAUUCGUUGAAGAAACAGAUCUCGAAUCCAGUCCCGAUUCAGACAAAAGUUGUUGAUCAUCGAAAAAAUCUGUCUUUUUCGCUGCCUCGAGAUGAAAUUCCAUCGGAAAAACUCGUCAGAAUUCCUGUCGUUGCUGCAAGUUGUUCGGAUUUAUCUUCGACUUUUGAUCAAUCGACGCUGACAGAUUCAAGCUCCGGCGAAUCGUAUUCCGGAUCAGAUGACGAAACGCUCAAUGGAGAUGAUGGAAUCGAAUCCCGCUCUCAUUACAGCGUGAGCCCUAUCGGAAGUGGCUCUCUCUCGACAAUCAGCCGAACCCUUGAGGACGAUUGCCAGGCCGUCCCCAGACUCAAUGAGAGCAAUCGCCCAGUGCCAAUUCAGGAAAUGGAAACGCUUCAAAAUAGCCCGGCAAUGCAAUCGCAGCUCCUGCAAAGACUUGUUCAUCUAAAGCAUAGCAGAGAAAUGUCGAAAAUAACCGGCUAUCCUUCUGAAUGA